AUGUUCACAGCUCCUUUGCUGUCUCUGGUGGCCCUGGCUGUGACCAUGCAGCUGUAUUCAUCAACACCGAUAAGAGAGCCAGUUCCUGCUGCAGUGGAGGGACCCCUUCCUGUCAUAGCUGAGGAACUACUACAAGACGUGGUCGCAGAACCAGUUUCACAUGACUCUGUCCCAUUGGAUAGGGAACACAAUCUAGAUAAAGUACAGGAACUUGCUCCAGAAGAGCCACCUCCUAAAGAAAUGACUCCAGCUGUUGAAGAGGAGGCAAUCCUGAAGGAACCCCCAGUUGUAUCUAACACAGUUACAACUGAGGAUCCAGCCCAUAAACAACACAAUGCUGCCUUCACAGAGGGACCAAUUCCCGCCUUAGUAGGAGAACCCAUUGAACCUGUUGAAGGGGAGGCAAUCCUAAAGGAACCCCUGGCUGUUGUAUCUUACACAGUUACGACUGAGGAUCCAGCCCAUGAACAACACAACGCUGCCAUCACAGAGGGGCCAAUUCCCGACGUAGUAGGAGAACCCGUUGAACCCGUUGAAGAGGAGGUAAUCCUAAAGGAACCCCUGGUUGUUGUAUUUUACACAGGUACAACUGAGGGUCCAGCCCAUGAACAACACAAUGUUGCCAUCACAGAGGGGCCAAUUCCCGACUUAGUAGGAGAACCCGUUGAACCUGUUGAAGAGGAGGUAAUCCUAAAGGAACCCCUGGUUGUUGUAUCUUAUGCAUUUAUGACUGAGGAUUCAGCCCAUGAACAACACAAUGCUGCCACCACAGAAGAGCCAAUUCCAGACUUGGUAGGAGAACCUGUUGAAGAGGAGGCAAUCCUAAAGGAACCCCUGGUUGUUGUAUCUUACACAGUUACAACUGAAGAUCCGGCCCAUGUACAACACAACGCUGCCAUCACAGAGGGGCCAAUUCCUGACUUAGCAGGAGAACCUGUCCCUCAGGAACCUGCAGAGGAGAAAAUUGCCAUUGAAGAUACUGUCUUUGAAGAUGCUCCCCAAGGUGAAAUUGCUGAAGAACUAGUUCAGGAUGAUGCAAAGGGAGAGGCAGUAGAAGAAGCUGUCAAGGAAGAGCUCCCGCCAGAGGAAAUUAUUCUUACAAUCCCUGAAGAAAGUGCCUUAAACCACCGUGAUGCUACUCAAGAAACUAUUCCAGACCAACCUACCCCUGAGCAACCUUUUGUGGGUAUUUCCACGGAAACCACUGCACAGGGAGAAACCAUACCACAAGAACCUGUCCAAAUUAUUCCACUUGAAACCUCAGAGAAAGACGAAGGAGCUGUUCAAGGGGAGAAAAACUUGGAGGAGAGUGACAUUUCUGAGGAAGCAGAGCCCGAUGGCAUUGACCUUAGUGAUCUUGCUCUGUUUGCUCCUGAAGACAACACCACGACAGUCCCAUCUGACACUAUGGCUUCAGAGAGGGCUGCGUUCCCGGAGGGGGAUAUACCAGUCACACUAACAGUUGCUACUGUUUUGCCAGAGAUCUUAACUGAAGCCCCGGCUGAACCUAUCAUGAAAGGGGUCAUUUCCUCCUCCUGUGUGCUGAGACUACCUCCUUCCACCUCCAUGCUGCUGUCUCGAGAAUCAGGGCAGAUGUGCGGAUACACACGCCGGGCCACAGCCAACAACACCACCACCACACCACCACCACCACACCGUGGCUCUUUCUGCAAGCAGCUGCUCGCCGGCUGGAACAACAAGCAGACAGCUGAGGAGAGACAGGCUGAUCACGUGUGGAAGGUCAUGGCUAUUAAUGGCGAGACAGUAGAAACACUGAAUGAAAUUCCACCCCACGUGUGGAGAGGUUUGCCGGACUGUAUGAGUUUGAGACCAUCUGCUGUGAAUCAAAGCCGCAUCGGUGUCUGGGCCACACAGAUCAUCCCUAAAGGAAAAAGAUUUGGCCCAUUUGUAGGAGAAAAGAAAAAGAGGUCCCAGGUGACCAGUAAUCUUUACAUGUGGGAGGUUUAUUUUCCAGCAAGGGGCUGGAUGUGUGUUGAUGCCACAGACCCCAUGAUGGGGAACUGGCUGCGUUACGUGAACUGGGCACGUUCCACUGAAGAGCAGAAUCUUUUCCCCUUGGAGAUCAACCGGACCAUUUACUACAAAGUUUUAAGGCCUAUCGGGCCAGGAGAGGAGCUCCUAGUGUGGUACAGUGGGGAAGACAACCCUGAGAUAACAGCUGCACUGGAGGAAGAAAGAGUCAGCAGCCUGAGCAAGAAAAACUCGCCCAGGACGAGACGAGCCAAGCGAAAGCAAUUGGAAAGAGCCAGACAGGCUGGUUUGGGUGGAUUCAAGCAAACAAGUAAAGCCAAACCUAUUAUCUCUGAGAUGUGGGAUGGGGAAGAAGGUCCAAAAGAGGAGAAUGAGAGGCCGAUGUCCCCAGGCCCCUCACAUGCAGCCCAGGAAGCCUCUCCCAUGCGAAGCACUGACCACACAGAUAUGCAGGACAUGCCAGUGAUAAUGACUGAUGAUGGAGAUGGGCAGAAUGCAGAGGAAGAGGAGGAUGAUAAGGUUAAUGAAGCAGAGGAUCCUGGUGUUCUACUGAGGAGUUUGCCACCCACACAAACUCCUCAUCAGUCAUCUGAGGGUGAGUCAAUGAAAACUGAGCAACCUGACCUGUUGCUAAACUGUAGUGACACUGGUGAAGAGAGCUCUAAGGAUCUGCAGUUUGAGAACGAUUCUGCCUCUCUCCCAGGCCAAGAGCAAGAAGCCGACCCUGACCUGGACCUUGACCCCGAUCCCGAUGGUGAACUUGAAGGUGACCUCCAUGAGCACGAAGAAUUGCAUCCCUGUCAGCACUGCGAGCGCCACUUCUCCACUAAACAAGGCCUGGAGCGACACAUUCAUAUUCAUGCCACUGCAAACCAACAAACCCAUGUUUUCAAGUGCUGCUACUGUGGCAAAACCUUUGGCUCGCAGGUGGGCCGACGGCGACAUGAGAGAAGGCAUGAGAGUGGGCCCAAGAAAAGGCCUGGCUCCUUGGCUGGAACCGCCACUCUACUGAGCCCCGUGCCACAGACUGAUGCUUCCAGCCCUGACUGCACCAGUCCAGCUAGGCACUAUAUAGCCAUAGGAUCCCAGUUUUCUGGGGCACCGUUGCACCACUCUGAGGUGAUGAGGAAAGAGUUGGGGCCUGCCGACACUGACCGUCCCUUGAUAAUAGACGAAAAUGGUGAGUCAAAAGAGCUUCACCCCUGCAAGUACUGUAACAAGGCAUUUGGCACUCACACAAACAUGCGCCGGCACCAGCGCAGAAUACAUGAACGCCAUCUGCUGCCAAAAGGUGUUCGUAGGAAAGGCAUGCUACUGCAGGAGGCGUCAGUCCAGCAGCAGCAACCACCACAGCCUGAUGAAUCGUCUAGCACCAGCCCACCGCCAGUCUAUGUACCCAGUGCAGACACAGAAGAUGAGGCGGACAGAGAUGAUUAUGUUGUUGACAUAUCCAAAAACAUCUCUGAGAACCUCAGCUAUUACAUUGAUGGCAAGAUUUUGUCCAACAAUUCAGUCAGCACCUGCGAGGUGAUAGAGGUAGACUCCAGGUCCACAGCCCUGCUCGGUCUUGAUGCAGUGAUAAUCAGCCCAAACCAGAUCAGUCAGGCACUCAAAGUGGAGGGCAGAACCAACGCUGUGAAACAGGUUUCCAACAUAGGCCAGCCAACAUCCAAAAGGAGGACAUCUACACCCCCACUCAUUCCCAAUCUUAAAAUGGAGAUGGACGCUGGGUCCCCUACUACCUCUUCUUCCUCUUCCUCCACGUCUUCCUCAUCCAACUUGUUAGUGGGAGGAGUGUUUCCCCAGUCUACAGAGUCAGCAGUGUUUCAGAGAGAGAAAACCAUCUAUCUUUCACCUAAGCUUAAACAGCUUCUUCAGACACAGGACAGUCAGAAGUCCACCAUUGCUGGGAUAGCAGAUAGCCAUAGACUGCCCUCCCCACUGUCAGUCACUCUGUUGCCAGGUGCAUCGGGCAGGUUUAAGAGACGGACAACCUCUCCCCCUUCUUCUCCACAGCUCAGCCCUGUUCUGAAGUCGGAGAACUGUAUCACGGAUACAAAAAGCUUAUACACCAUCAAAGUGCCAAAUCUAGAAAGCCACAGUGUGUUGACUACUGGGAGUCAUCAAGGCAAAGAUGAGGGGGACACCAUGAACCCCUCCUUAAAGGACACGUGUGGCCGGCCUGCCACCAGUAGUGGGGGAAAUGCUUGUAAUCAGCAGCCCUUGGAUUUGUCCAGUUCUGUUGGUAGGAGAGGUGACAGUCUAAAUAAAGUCCUUGGAGACUCGGCGCUGGAUUUAAGCAUGCAUCGCAAGAGCACAACAGAGCUAGAAGUGAGGGGAGGCCCAGCACCGCACCCUCUGGCCAAGAAAAAGAAGCCUAACACCAGCAUGCUCGAGAAGGUGCUGAUGAAUGAGUAUGUUGGUCUUAACUCAACAGGGGAGGAGGGCCCCUCCCCCUUGGCAAGCCUUACCUGUCUUCAAUCACUCUCUCCUAACAUGACAGCAGAGACAGCACAUCCUUCUCCGCCCUCCCUGACCCCUGUUACAAUGAACCCCUCCUCGCCUUGCACCUCCAGCAUGACAUCCCCAACACCGCCGCCUCCUGUACUACCUACCAUACCCUCUCCUCCAAAUAUGCCGAGCUCUCCUCUUUCUCAGCCUUCGGACUGCUCUGUGUCAAGACCUCUCCCUGUUCUGUCUCCCAAGAUGUCUCCCAGAUCGAUCGAAUACAAUCCCCUGUCAGACGCUGAGAACACAUCGCUAGCCGAAGGAAAUCAGGAUGAUGUAGGUGAGAGCCAUAACUCCGAGCAGCUGGAGUCUGCCCCUCACUCACCAAUCAGUAGUUCAAUAACGCCAAGCCCCUCUGAACCUAUGCUAGCGGACCUCACAGCAGAGGAAAAUGUUUCUCAGAUUAACAGCAAUGGUCUGUCUAAUGGCAAAUUGGGAGAAGACGUGGAUUCAACAACAGAGGAAAGGUCCCAGGGUGCCGACUUCGCUGUUUUAUCAGCUCCUUCAGAAUCCCCAACUGCCCCAUCAGCAUCUUCUCUGCCAGCCUCCAUCCCUCUCACCAUGAUAAAGGAGGAGCCAAGACCGAAUACAGAUGAUGAGUUGUCAGAUACCACGUGCGUACCGCAUGAUGGUGUCAACACUGCACCCCAGUCUGCUGCUCUUGAAAAAUCCGAAGAAGAAGAGGAAGAGGACUCGGAGACCUUCUACAAGACUUUUGUGUGUAAUGUCUGCAAAGCGCCAUUCCGUUCAAUCAAGGAGCUGAGCGGACACAUUUCGGAGCAUGCUGCAGACUGGCCCUUCAAAUGUGAGUUCUGUGUGCAGCUCUUUGGCGACAGCCCAGCCUUGCUCACUCACCGCACCACUCUCCACGGAGUGGGACAGAUUUUUGUAUGCUCUGCCUGCUCCAAAGAGUUUGCUUUUCUCUGCAAUCUCCAGCAGCACCAGAAGGAUCUGCAUCCAAACCAGACCUGCACACAUACCACGGUAGAGAGUGGCAAGCUGAGGCCACAAAACUACACAGAUCCCUCCAAGGUCAUAGAGGAAAGCAGUCUCCCAACGCCAGCACCAGAAAUGUUGGAUGAAGCUGCUUCACAUAGCAUCUGUAAUUUAACAAAAGAAGAACCUGACGUGAAUGGUAAACAUGGAGAUGAAAGACCAGAAGACCCCACAGAGGAGCUGUACACUACAAUAAAGAUCAUGGCCUCAGAAGGAGGGAAGCCUAAAGGUCCAGACGUCCGUCUUGGCCUUAAUCAACACUACCCCAGCUUUAAACCACCUCCUUUUCCCUACCACAGCCGCUCUCAUGCUGGCUCUGUGGCCUCAGCUACCAACUUUACCACCCACAACAUACCGCAGACCUUCACUACUGCCAUCCGCUGCACUAAGUGUGGCAACAGCUUUGACAACAUGCCUGAGCUGCACAAGCACAUAUUAGCCUGUGCCAAUGCUAGUGAUAAAAGGCGCUACACUCCCAAGAAAAACCCCAUCCCUCUCAAGCAGAUAGUGAAGUCUCAGAAUGGAGGCUUGGCCUCUGUCGCAGCCAGUGCAGGGCUAAAUGCUUUCCGUCGAAUGGGGCAACCGAAGAGACUCAAUUUCAAUCAGGAGCCCUCUGGUAGAACAAAAAUGAGUGCCCUUAAUAAGAAGAAAAACCAGCUUGUGCAGAAGGCUAUUUCCCAAAAAAACAAAGCAGCUUCUACUGCCAAAAGGGUUUCUGUUAAAGUUGAACAACAGCAGGACCUUCACAUCUGCCCUCACUGCAAUCGGGAGUUUAAAUACCCUGCAAGCCUCAGUAAACAUAUGGCAAUUAGCUGUCCAAUGAAGCCUGUUGUUAAAAAGGGCAAAAAAGCUGUAGCCGAGGUAAAAAAAGAGGCAACGGCAACUGUAGACAAAAACAUGAACCUUAGGAGGAAAGCCACAGACACUGAAAACCAGCAGGUAGAGCCAGAACCUGAACCUAAACCCCUGGGAAAGACCAGGGCUCGCAGCAUUGCAGCUACAGAGCCUGAACCUUCGCAGGCAAGUAAAGGAAAAAGUGCUGCUCCAUUGGGCCGGCCUAAGAGGCCUGCCUCAUUCCCAGCUUCCCCGGCAUCCCCUGGCAAAAAAGGCAAAAAGGGUCAAGUUCAAUCUUUACCUCCCACUCCAUCAUCCUCAGACACUCCCAGUGACGCUGCACCGCGGCCAGCCAUGAGGAUGCAGCGUAUGGGCAAGGUAGGGGCACCCAAGAAGGCAGCUGAGGUCAGAUCGCCACCGCAGCAGCCGAAGAAGGAGGAGCGGUUUUCUGUGCGAACAAGGGAAAGAGUGGGAGGUCCAGUUACCAGAAGCUUACAGAUAGCCAACACAGCUGCUUCUGUGGAAGUGAAGGAAGAACCUCUCAUCCAAGAGCCAAAAGAGACUCAGGAGAUGCUGAUGAAGUGAGCCAUUUGCACGUUGUCAACCAGUGCCUGUGAAUAUGCGGCUCACCUGUCAAGAUGCUCAUGAUGGCACUGACUGCAUUGAGGUUGAGAUUCUGAAGAGGGGGCUUUUUCACUCAUAAUAAGUGAAGUCCGCCUAUCUCGGAUGGCCUGCUGGCUGGAAAUGGAGAACCAGCUUCCCUUUAUCCUCUGAACUGAGCCUGGAUUGUAGCCUGCCUUGCAAAAAAAAAAAAAAAAUGGAGAAAACUGAACUAUCAACGACAAUGAGUGUCAAUAUGUGUCAUUACUUGACCCAAAACCCUAAUAUAAGGCUUCCGUUGUGUUUGAAAGCUGAUGUGUUGCAAACGGCGAUCAUGUGUCGACUCACAAAACCCGUUCUUUUGUUUUUGUUCCAUAUUUCCCUUGUUUGGCUGUUUUAUAUUUUCAGAUAUUUCCCCGAGUCUCUCAUUGCAUGUGCUGAAUAGAGUAUGAGUAUUAGACAAUGCCAAUUUCCGUGUCUGAUGUAAAGUCCAGCACCUAUCUCAUUUAAUAACACUGAUUCGCAGAUCAAUAUGUAUGUUUGAUUUAAAUUUCUGUUAAUGUAUUGUAGAAUAUAUCUUAUUGGCAAUUUUUGUUUGGGAAUCAAAGUUGAAAAUGGCGGUCGUUUACUGCAAAAACUGGUCCUCAGGAACACUGUGUGUGUAUGUGUUAAAAUGUGUGUAUGCGCAUAGGCGGAUGUCUGGCCUAAUAGCUAUUCCUUUGGUCUCGAUCUCAAGUAUGAUUUUACUUGCUUCCUUGUUUUUCUCUUUUUUUUUUUCUUAUCUGAACAUCAGAGCAGAUAGUUCCAGUUGUAAAAGGAUGGGAGUUGUCUUUUUUUUUUUUUAAGUCCGUUACCAAUCUUGAAGAAACUGCCACAAAUGUACGUUAUUUGUUAACUUUUAGGGUAAGGCAUUUCCCUAAAUUAAUAUUUGAUGUGUCCCAUAAAGCCCAACAGUCUUUCAGCACUUUAAAAAUGAACUUCUGCCAAAUUUCUAGCUAGAUCAGUAAACUGUCAUUAAGCCGAAAAAAGGAAAGAAAAGAAUUGGUGUAAGAUGUGAAUGAUGGAAUGUGUUCAGUUCUGUUGCACAUAACCGACACUGGGUUGCCUCUCUGAUACUGACAGAAAUUCUUAGUCUGAAAUAUCUUUUCACUUUUCUGUCGUUUAAGCCUCCAGGUUGUUUUCUCUGCUAAGAGACUCACUGCAUCAUGAAAUUGAUACAUAAACAUUAAUAUGCCAAAAAAACAAAACAAAAAAAAAAGCACAGAUGUUUCAUCAGAUUACAUGAUUGAGUAAAAGUAGUGUUUUUUGCUGGGGAGGCUUGAAAAGUUGCUUCCUUUGUCUGCAGCAGCAUUGAUAUGUUUAUUGUCAAGUCCAUUUUUAUUUGUAUAGCCCGAUAUCACAAGUUACAAAUUUGCCUCAGGGGGCUUUUACCGGCGGAUUGGGAGAAAGUUGUCAAUUGGGGUGUCGAUAUUUUCAGUAAUACACGUUAGAAAUUGUGUAUUUAAGUCUUCGGGUGAUGUGCUUUAUCGCAUUAGGUUUUAGUUUUAGUUUGCUUUCAUUUUUAUUUUAUUUUUUUCCCCCAUUGCCAGUCCUCACUCCUCUUUUCACUCUGGACCAUAUCUGUUAUUCAACCGAGACAGCAGAUGGGGGCAGCGCUCAGAUGCUUGUAGCAUGUUUUGGAAAAAUGAAAUUGAACAACAUGAUUUUAAAGCUAAUUUAUAUUUCCAUGUAAAAUAUUCAUUUAUGUUUUGCCUUUUAGCAUCAAUAUUAUGUAUUUGAGGAUGAACAAAGAUAUCCCUAAUGACCUCAAGUAAAACAUUGCUGUAAUUGAUAUAAUAAAAUCUUUUUUCAAUUUGGG